AUGACUGUCCCCGAUGAGGUCGAUAUCAUAGUAUGUGGUGGUGGCAGCUGUGGUUGUGUCGUUGCCGGCCGGCUGGCCAAUCUCGACCAUAAACUCCAGGUCCUGUUGAUUGAGGGUGGGGAAAGCAACUUGAAUAACCCAUGGGUCUUUAGACCAGGAAUUUACCCUCGAAAUAUGAAAUUAGACAGCAAAACUGCUUCUUUUUACCAUUCACGCCCAUCAGAAUGGCUAGGCGGUCGCCGUGCUAUCGUUCCUUGUGCCCAUAUCUUGGGUGGAGGCUCAUCCAUCAACUUUAUGAUGUACACUCGGGCAUCGGCAUCAGAUUAUGAUGAUUUCCACGCGAAAGGAUGGACUACCGAGGAGCUCAUUCCUCUCAUGAAGAAGCACGAAACGUAUCAACGUUCAUGCAAUAACAAGGAUAUUCAUGGAUUUGAGGGACCAAUCAAAGUCUCAUUCGGAAAUUAUACGUAUCCUAUUAUGCAGGACUUCCUCAGAGCAAGCGAAUCACAAGGUAUCCCAACUACCGAUGAUCUUCAAGACCUUGUAACUGGCCACGGUGCUGAGCAAUGGUUGAAAUGGAUCAAUCGAGAUACUGGCCGUCGAAGUGAUUCAGCCCAUGCUUACAUCCAUUCUACGAGGGCCGUCUACCAGAACUUGCACUUGCAGUGUAACACCAAGGUCGACAAAGUAAUAAUAGAGGACGGAGUUGCCGUCGGCGUGAGGACUGUGCCAACCAAGCCGUUGCAUCCAUCCCAGCAACAGUCGCGCACUUUCAGAGCUCGCAAGCAAAUCAUUGUUUCUGGAGGUACACUCUCAUCGCCAUUGAUUCUUCAGCGAAGCGGUAUCGGUGACCCAAAGAAGUUGCAGAAGGUUGGUGUCAAGCCUAUUGUCGACCUUCCAGGCGUUGGUUUGAACUUUCAAGACCAUUACUUGACCUUCUCCGUGUUCCGCGCCAAGCCCGAUACCGACAGUUUCGAUGACUUCGCUCGAGGUGACCCUGCAGUCCAGAAGGCUGUGUUCGACGAGUGGAAUAUCAAGGGAACAGGUCCACUUUCUACCAACGGAAUUGAGGCUGGAGUCAAGGUUCGCCCAACUGAAGAGGAGCUUAAGGAGAUGGAAUCGUGGCCUACACCACACUUCAGAAGCGGCUGGGACAGCUAUUUCAAGAACAAGCCAGACAAGCCAGUCAUGCAUUAUUCAGUCAUCGCGGGAUGGUUCGGUGAUCACAUGUUGAUGCCAGCUGGAAAAUUCUUCACCAUGUUCCACUUCCUCGAAUAUCCCUUCUCCCGUGGUGAGACCCACAUCGUCUCUGCAGACCCAUAUGAGGCGCCAGAUUUCGAUGCCGGUUUCAUGAACGACGAGCGUGAUAUGGCUCCUAUGGUAUGGGGUUACAUCAAGUCCAGAGAGACCGCUAGACGCAUGGAUGCAUAUGCCGGUGAAGUACAGAAUAUGCAUCCGUUCUACUCGUACGAUUCCCCAGCUCGUGCGAAGGAUAUGGACCUAGCUACUACCAAUGCCUAUGCCCUCCCAGGCAACCUUACUGCCAAUAUCCAACACGGAAGCUGGAGUCAGCAAAUCGAGCCCGGCAAACCACCCAGGGUCAACCUUCUCAACAGCAACAGCAAGAGUACCUAUGACGAUCUUAAGUACAGCAAGCAGGAUAUCGAGCAAGUCGAAGAAUGGGUCAAGCGCCAUGUUGAGACCACUUGGCACAGUCUUGGGACAUGUUCAAUGGCUCCAAAGGAAGGUAACGAAAUUGUCAAGCACGGCGUUCUUGAUGAACGUCUCAAUGUUCACGGAGUGAAGAACUUGAAGGUCGCUGAUCUGUCAAUCUGCCCCGACAAUGUCGGCUGCAACACUUACUCAACUGCCUUGUUGAUCGGCGAAAAGGCCGCCGUGCUUACUGCAGAGGAUCUUGGUUACAGCGGGAAAGAUCUCGACAUGAAGGUACCAAACUAUCACGCUCCUGGUGAACUAUCUCAAAUUGCAUCAUCCAGGCUUUAG